AUGAGGCCGGCGCCGCAAAGCCCUAAUUCCGCCGCCGCCAAAACGGCGUCGUCCUGGCGCUGGGACUCGCCGCUGCCGUACCUAUUCGCCGGGCUUGGCCUCAUGCUGCUUCUCAUCGCCGCCGCCCUGGUCGUGCUGGCAUGCUCUUACCGGAAGCGCCGGUCGCCGGCGGCCGAUUACGGCGGAGAAAAGCCGGUGCGUCCUUCCACCGCCGCCGCCUCCGGCGAAGAUUCACCGAGGAUCGUGGUGAUCAUGGCCGGGGAGGGCAACCCCACGCACCUGGCGAUUCCGAUUGUGAAAGUUUGA